UGGACAUCUCCCAUAGAGUUAUACUAGACCCGGGGGUAGUAUGUCCCUGAGGCAUCUCCUGCAUUCGACCUGCUCGGAAAGAGACCGCAGGUAAUUUAAAGGACUUAAAGACGUGUGUCAGAAAAUCCCUGAGCUGCUCCAAACACAUGCAGAUCAUUUCAUGCCCAGCUAUAAAAGUGACCAUGGCUGAAGAAAUGUGCCCACAGAUGUCUGCCAGGGUGGCUGCUGAGAAAGCAAGCAAAAGGAAACAAAGUCACCGUGGCUCUGAUUCUUUCCAAGAUGGACAGACUGAAGGUAACACUCACAGCAUGAACACUGACCCUUCACCUGGCAGCACCUGUGUGGGUGUGAACUCGCUUUCAGAGAGCACUGACACUGGGAUCCUUUAUCUGAACCCUCAAACACCAAACUGGUCUCUCGUGGAGAAGUUUGCUGACCUUUCUCCAGGAGAAGAAACAGGAGUCUGUGAUGACCAAGACCAGAGCAGUGGAGUAUUGUCACAAUGCUCCAAGUAUGUUGAGAAUAAUAAAAUAUAUGGAUGUAAUGAAGGGCUCUUGGAUGCUGCACAAAAGAAUUGCUCUAAAUUCCUCAAGAUCCACCAAGUGCAAAGAGAAGUCUCAGCCAAACAGAGGGCAUCUAAGCUCAAAGAGCUAAAUGCUGAGGAAUAUUCUCCAGGUGGAGGGGGGAAUAAUACCAAGAAGAACAGGAAUAGUCCUUCUGUUAAGAAACUACUGAAGAAGCGUGACGAUGACAAGAUCCCUCGACUUUUGGUAGCAAUGAAAAAACGCAGUGGAGUCGACACCGAGCACCGUCCCUUCAAGUGUCCACACUGCCACUGGGCUUUUAAGAAGCUGUGCAACUUGCAGAGUCACUUACAGACACACACUGGCCUCAAGCCUCAUGUGUGUGAUAUAUGUGGCAAGGCUUACUCCCAUCAGGGUACGCUGCAGCAGCACAAGCGCCUACACACGGGUGAAAGGCCGUAUCACUGCCCCUUCUGUGUCAAGACCUAUAUUUGGUCCUCAGAUUACCGCAAGCAUAUCCGCACACACACUGGUGAAAAGCCUUAUGUCUGUGACACUUGUGGCAAGGAUUUCAUUCGCUCCUCUGACCUGCGGAAGCAUGAACGGAACAUGCACACCAAUGACAAGCCCUUCCCAUGCACGCACUGUGGCAAGACCUUCAAUAAACCCCUCUCCCUGAAGCGUCAUGAGCGUAAGCACCUGGGGGAAAGGCCUUUCUCCUGCCCUGACUGCGGGAAGGCAUUUGCUCUGGCCAGUCGUAUGGCAGAGCACCAGAAGAUCCACACGGGAGUGCGUCCGUACGUCUGCACGGUGUGCUCCAAGUGUUUCACCAAAUCCUCCAACCUGGCCGAGCACGACGCCAUUCACAGCGGAACGCGGCCCUAUAAGUGCACAGAGUGCGGCGUGGCGUUUGCCAUGGCUUCCCGCCUCGUUCGUCACCAGUAUGUCCACAAUAAAGAGAAACCCCACACCUGCACAGGCUGCAGCAAGAACUUUAGCCAACUAGCAUCACUGAAGCUUCACCAGGAGCAAACCUGCGCUGGGAGGAUCUUUGUCUGUGUGGAGUGUGACAGAUCUUUCCAGUGUGCUGCAAAGCUUGCACAACAUAUGCUGAACCACAGGGACAAGGAUGUCUGAGUCAGUUGAAAGACAGGUACGGUGAUGAAUGAAGCAGUACAGUAUCUUCCAGACAUAUUGGAUCCAUUCAAGGUCACAGGGCACCUGUUUAUUUAUGUUAAGGUAUAUUUAUGAUAACUGGCCUGAUGAGUUUUAAAACUCAGUGCUCACACACCCUCGUCCCCCACUGUGCUGAGGUCCCAUGAGUAUGCUGUGGGAUAAAAUUGCCUCAGCACAGCUUGGACACUGGAGUUGACAGCUUUCACAGAUGUGAGCAUGACUCCUUUUUUAAAGUGACAAUAUCCACUCAUUUAGAAGUCUGUUAGAAAUGCAGCAUAAUCCAACAGUCCUGCAAUAAAUCCUCCUUCAUGAAGUUCAUAAUGUUCAGUGUGUAUUGAACCUGUGUUAAAGAGGUGUUGAUUCAACUGUGUGAUCGUUUCAGAGGCUGUAGCUUGUGUUGCUGUUGAACUGCACUGCAUUAUACAGAGAGCUGUGUCUGUGGUUUAGCUUUCUCUCAUUUAAUUAAACGGAGUGGACAAAUAAACAGCUGUCCAUAUAACUCAAAUCCAUGCAGCUGAAUCAGCAGCUCUCUGGACAGUUUCAACACAAACUGAACAUGAUAACCUCCAUGAAGGAGGAUUUAUUGCAGGACUGUUCCAUUAGUCUUACCUGGGUGUACCUAAUAAACUGCCAAGUGAGUGUAAAUGCAGUAAAUAAUAUGCACAACAAUGGAACAACAAUGCCACUCAGUGCACGUAGGGACUGAACAUGUCAUCUUCACCCUGAAUGUACACAUACACAGAUUUAGUAUCAGUGACAUGAGCCAAACACACAGCAGAUGACAGCUUCCAUAACCAGCUGAGGGGCAACUGCUUUAUUAUUUAGAGACAGUUUAAUGCUGUCGACCCAUCAGUGCUCACCAGACCCAUGAGUCUGUGGUUUCCUGUCCUCCAGCGAGGUGGGAGUGGUUCUGGUUGCUUCACUUCCUGAUGCACAAAAAGCAGUGGUUGCAACAUGGUGCUGUAAGUUUGUAUGAGGGCAGUAAUAACUGCACCUGACACAUUACUGUGAACACAUCACUGUGAGCACAUCACUGUGAGCACAUUACUGUGAACACAGGAGUUUUUACAGACUGAGGAAAGCCAGCUGAUUAGGCAGCCAUUGCUUUUUUAGACAUUGCUGUGAGAUUUCUGCUCGUAUGUUUGGUAUGAACAGAAGGCACAAUGAUUUUUUCAUAUAUGGUUUUAUAUUUAAGGUCUUGAGUUUAAUUUGUAACACAGAUAUAGCUAUUUAACAAAAUUAUAUGUUAUAUAUUAAAAUGUGAGAAUGAAAUGCAGUUCAGAUAUAAAGCAGGAAAUUACCCCAGAAUCUUUGUAUUUAAAAGUUAAAAUGCA